GUCUGAUCAAAUCGUUGUCCCUCUUCUAAGUCUAAAAUGAUCUCUGCUUUUACAAUUGACCGCUCUCUGUUUUUCACUACAAAUCCUCUCCCUCUUCUCUUAUACAUGUGAUCACCUGUAAAAAGUUCAAGCAUGGACGAAUAAGAGUACUUCACCAGUUUUGUUUUGUGGAAGGAACGGGAGAGACACUUCAAAGAAUUCUGUAUUUUUGAACUCUGAAGCGAUGAGGGAGGAGCUAGUGGAAAUGGCUGCUAAGUUUCUAUUACACCCAACCGUAGGAAGAGCUCCAGUCAGCUACAGGCGUUCCUUCCUUGAGAAGAAGGGCCUUACAAGCGAUGAGAUAGAUGAAGCCUUUCAUCGUGUUCCUGAUACACCUUCAAGUCUAACAUUUGGACAGGACAUUAACUCAAAUCAAGAUGUGCAAUCAAAUCCUUUUGCCAGUUUUCAGCUACAAGACACAGAACAAUCCUCUCAACCUUUGGCUGCAUCCAUGCUUACAGCUUCUCCACCAUCCAGGUUUUCCUGGUCAAAUGCUAUUUUUUCUCUAGUGCUACUUAUUUUAUCUGGUGCUGGGACUUCCAUGAUCCUAAAGAAAUUCUUUUUACCCAGGUUGAAGUCCUGGAUCUGCAAGGUUGUUUUAGAAGAGGAUGAUGACAAGGGAAGAAACUCAAAACUAAGUUUGUCUGAAGCAAUAGAAGCUGCAAAGGCAGCUGCAGCUGCUUCUGUCAAUGCUGCAAAAGCCAGUCUGGAAAUAUUGCAGUCAAAGAAAGAAGAGGGGAGACACCUUGAUGUUUUAGUACGAUGUUUAGGCAACCAUGUAGCAGAACUGAGGUCAAUUAGUACAACAAUACGGAGAUUGGAGGGUACUAGGGAGGCUGCGAUACGCAAACUCCAAGAGCAGUGCAUUCAGCAUGCAUCACAAAAUGGACUUGAUAGCAAGCUGCCAGAAACCUCUAUUUUACACACAGAUUACCCUGGAAACUGUGUUUCAAAUUCAACGAAAUUUAAACCAAGUGGCAUAUCAAAUUUUGAUAGUUCAGUUAGGCCUUCAUCUACACCUCUGAGAACCUCUGCUGGCCAGCAUCCAAAGUCCUAUAUGGAGAUCUUGGCUAUGAUACAAAGAGGGGAGAAGCCUCCUGGAAUAAAAGAUAUUGAUGAUUCACCUCCAAAUCCUGAUCAACCACUACCAAAUCCUCGUAUAACUCCAAGAAUUAAGCCUUGGGAGAUUGCUCAAUCUCAGAACAAGUUUGGUUACACACCGGACAAAGGGUCUGCUCAAAUAAAUGGAGAGAAUGCACAGCCAUGGUGGAGACGUUAUAAUACCAACGCAAGAGAAAUGGAAGCAGGAACAGGAAAUGGGAUGAGACCAAUCUCAUAUAGUCUGAGGACGGAGAAGCAAUUGGUUCUGCAGUCUUAGGUCUCUCCCCAGCUGUAAAUAGUCUGGGUGCCUGAAGCUCCUGCUACCAGGAGAAGUUCAAAAUCCAUGUUUCAUGAUAGAUGCAUAAGAUCACUAUACUGUUGUAUUUGGCUAUCUGGUGCUAGAAUGGACAUGUAGAAGGGAAGUUCUGUUUUGAUCUGUGAGAACAAAACCUAGAAGGCAAGGAAAACAGUUGUACAAGUAAUGGAGAUAGGACCUGUUUGAAGAUGAUGUUUGUAUGUUGUGUGGAUGGUAAAUGCAUAAAAAGGUCAAUUCAAACAUAUCCAAAUCUGUCAAACUUCAUUCUUCGGUGAUAUGUAAUAAGCAAUUAAGCAGUGUGAGUUCCAGCAAGCAAUUAAGCAGUGUG